AUGUCGAACUUGACAAUAAGAGUAGAAGAUAUGAACGGCCAGCAGCGCACAAUACAAGUAAACAGCUCGUGGACUUAUGCUCAGCUUCACAACCAAUUUGCGCAAAUGUUUGGAGGUGGUGAAUUAAGUGUGAUUUUUGGGAAUAAGUAUUUGAGUGUAGUCACUCAAGGAACUGCUACUUUGGAACAAUUAAGAUUUACUAAUAACUGCGUUAUUCGUGUGCUACAGCAGAUGAAGGGAGGGUUUUAA